CAAAAAAAGAAAAAAAUUAAAAACUAAAAUGGCACAGACAAUCAUCACAAACCAUAUUGUAAAACCAUCAUCCCCAACUCCACUCGCUUCCAAAAUCCACAAACUCUCAUUUAUUGAUCAAAUGCAAUCACCAGAAUACAUUCCCUUCAUUUUCUUAUAUGAAAACAAUCGAUCUACGUCGAAACAAGAAAUCUCGAAACGUCUGAGACAGUCUUUGUCGGAGACCCUAACCAUCUUCUACCCCAUUGCAGGCACAGUUGUACAAAACUCGCACGUUGAUUGCGACGACACGGGAGCGGAGUUUGUCGAAGCCCGGGUUCACGCUCCCCUCUCACACUUCACACAAAACCCUAAUUUUGAGGAAUUGGUGAAGCAGUUGUUCCCCACGGCGGACGGGACCGAAACCCGAAACCUGUCUGUGAAGAUCAGUUUCUUCGAGUGUGGAGGAUUCGCCGUUGGCUUGUUUCUGUCACAUAAGCUAGUGGAUGGGUCAUCUGCAGCAGCGUUCGUCCGCGCGUGGGGGAAGACCUGUUGCGGGGAAGCUUCUGGAAUCAUUCACCGGUCCCGUGGGCAGACACACUUAAGGUGUACUAAAAGGCUGAGAUUUGCUAUGGAUAUUCUUGACAAUGGCUGGUGGGAAAGAGGGAGGGUACAAGCUGGUCUAACACAGCCUUUCUGGGCCCCUGCAGCUGCUGGAGGAGGGUGCCGGCUGGGCUUGCUCCCUUUAGCCCAAGCACUUCCUCAUCUCUGGAAAGAAGUUGCGGCUGGCCAACGAGGCUGUCUCCCCUCGUGGUCUCGCCCUCCCGGCUCGUUUGAAUAUCUGGGGCCGAGACGGCCCGGUGACGAGGGCCAAAGUAGUUGUUAGGGAUUUCUAGAUGUAAUAGUGUAGCUCGACUUUUAUUUUUUUGUCGUCAAAGAAUGAAAUUCUUUUGUUUGAGAUUCUGAAAAAUUUGUAACUGUACCCUUUUUCAAGAAAUAAAAAUACUCAUUCAUACUUUAA